CAGAUUUGUUUUUGUAGUUUUAAGUUCGAUUCAAGUUUCCUUUUACUUGGUUAUAAUUUCUUUUUUUACGGCACUUGUUUCGGUGAUAUUGGAGGCUGAGAAUUUAAGGUUGCUUUCGGUAUAUUUAUGUUGAAUGUUCCUCAGACUGUUCCUUAAAGUUCUACCGUGCUGUAACGAUAACGACAUGAGUACAACCAAUAAAUUUCUAUCAUCUGAAAACGGUUUGCGUUAUGACAAAGUGGCCAUUUUAGACGCUGGAGCUCAAUACGGAAAGGUUAUCGAUCGCAAAGUUCGUGAACUUUUGGUGGAAUCCGAUAUAUUACCUUUGGACACAUCUGCAUCUGCUAUACGAUCAAAUGGUUAUCGUGGCAUCAUUAUAUCCGGUGGCCCGAAUUCAGUAUAUGCCGAUGAUGCGCCCACCUAUGAUCCCGAUAUAUUUAAAUUGAAAAUACCAGUACUUGGGAUUUGUUAUGGUAUGCAAUUGAUUAAUAAAGAGUUCGGCGGUACGGUAUCAAGAAAAAAUACACGAGAAGAUGGCCAACAAAUUAUUGAAGUAGAAACGUCGUGUCCUUUAUUUAAUCGUCUUAGCCGCAAUCAAACCGUUCUAUUGACGCAUGCUGAUAGUGUGGAGCGCCUUGGGGAUAAAUUGAAAGUCGGUGGUCGUUCCUCGAACAAUAUUAUAACAGUAAUCUAUAAUGAAGUAAUGCGAAUAUACGGAGUACAAUUUCAUCCUGAAGUUGAUCUAACACCCUCGGGAAAACAAAUGUUAAAAAAUUUUUUAUGCGACAUAUGUGGUGUAACACCGAACUUCACCAUGGGCAGUCGCAAAGAAGAAUGCCUUAAGUAUAUUAAAGAUAAAGUGGGCAAAAAUAAAGUUCUGUUACUGGUGAGUGGUGGAGUUGAUUCAACAGUUUGUGCUGCCUUAUUGCGUCAUGCCUUGCAUCCCAGCCAAAUAAUUGCUGUACAUAUAGAUAAUGGUUUCAUGCGAAAAGAUGAGAGUGAAAAAGUCGAAAAAUCGUUGCGUGAUAUUGGUAUAGAUUUAAUAGUGCGCAAAGAAGUUUACACUUUCCUGAAGGGUACUACUCAAAUUAAAAGACCCGGGCAAUUUUCCAUUGUCGAAACUCCAAUGCUAUGCCAGACUAUUAACCCCGAAGAGAAACGCAAAAUUAUUGGUGACAUAUUUGUAAAAAUUACAAAGGAUAUAGUGGAAGACAUGAAAUUAAAACCCGAAGAGGUGUUAUUAGCUCAAGGCACUUUGAGACCAGAUCUUAUAGAAUCUGCCUCGAAUUUGGUUAGCACGAAUGCCGAGACAAUUAAGACACAUCACAAUGAUACAGAACUGAUAAGGGAAUUACGUAAUGCUGGUCGCGUAGUUGAGCCUUUAAGCGAUUUUCAUAAAGAUGAAGUAAGAGAGCUGGGUCAUGACUUAGGUAUACCACCCGAACUAGUCGAGCGGCAACCAUUCCCAGGACCCGGCUUAGCUAUACGUAUACUCUGCGCCGAAGAACCUUUUAUAGAAAAGGAUUAUUCAGAAACGCAGGUGAUCGCUCGUGUUAUAGUUGAUUAUAAAAAUAAAUUGGAAAAAAAUCACGCCUUAAUCAAUCGCGUUACCAGUGCUACAUCUGAAACUGAACAGCAUGAAUUAAUUCGUAUAUCACUAAAUUCACAAAUACAAGCGACUGUGCUGCCUAUACGAUCCGUGGGUGUUCAAGGUGACAAACGUACCUAUAGUUAUGUGGUGGGUUUAUCCAGUUCGCAUGAGCCGAACUGGGAUGAUAUGAUGUUUUUAGCAAAAUUAAUACCUCGUAUAUUACACAAUGUUAAUCGCGUUUGUUACAUUUUUGGCGAACCAGUUCAAUACCAAAUUACUGAUAUUACACAUACAACACUGAAUAAUUAUAUUAUUAAACAAUUAAGACAAGCGGAUGCCAUUGCUAAUGAGAUCUUAAGACAGGCGGGAUUGCAGCGUAAAAUCUCACAAAUGCCUGUUAUAUUGAUACCUGUGCAUUUCGACAGAGAUCCUACUAAUCGCACACCGUCCUGUAGUAGAUCGAUUGUUUUAAGACCUUUCAUAACCAGCGAUUUCAUGACCGGUGUGCCGGCCAUACCGGGAUCAUCGGAUCUGCCCCUACAUGUUUUGCGUAAUAUGGUACAAGAAAUUUCAAAACUGGAUGGCAUUUCUCGCGUGUUAUACGAUUUAACUUCAAAACCGCCCGGUACCACUGAAUGGGAAUGAUUAGAUCGUAUGAAUUUUGUCUACACCACAGCUAUAGCAGUGUUUACCGCUAUGUUUGCUGCUGCCACCGUCACCACUUCAUCCCCAUUUUAUACUCUACAGCAACAACAAAAACAGAUAACACAACAAUAUUUAACAAUAAAAUAACUUUGGAAUUUUUCCUUUUUUUUUUUUUUUUGUUUGAAAAUUGUAAAGAAAAAAGCAAAAGAAAUUAUACCAUUGUAAAUGUAAAAUGAUGCUGCUGGUCUAUAGAAUCUAGAAUAGAAAAAUGCAUGCCACAGCUUGGAUUAUGAAGAAAAUUGUAAUUCCAAUUUAUUGAUCUGUGUCCCAGGUUAGGUAUUGAAUAUGUGUAAAACUAUUUUUUUUUUAUUUAAUUAAAAAAAUAUUCAUAAAAAACAAGUAUAAAAGUACGGCUCGUGCAGGGGCUCUAUUGUUUUAGCGCUAAACAAAAACAACAGAAAAAAGGGAACAGUAAUCAAGAAUGGGGAACUCAAGAUUCCACAUACAAAGGCUAUAAAAGGAAUCUAUAGAGGAGAUAUACUUUUCGUCAAAAAUUAUUCCAAUCUUGAAUCAAAUGCAAGCGGAGAAUAAUUUAAUUUUCUUCCUAAAACGAAAAAAGAUAAGUAGGAAUAAGCCACAGUUUGUGAGCGUAACCUAAACCAAAAUUAAUAAGAAAAGAAAAAAAAAA